UUCGCUCCGCACAGCGCCAGCCACAUGGACUCCACAUUGAACCGCCGACGAAGCCGCAGCGCGAUCCAGAAGAGCGCCACCGACUACCGCGUCCCGACGAGCUCGUACACGGACGCCUACGCCACCAAUCUUCCGGUGCGCCGCGUCCAGGCCCUCGUCGUCGGCUGCGGCGUCGCCGGCAGUGCCGCGGCGCUGCGCCUCGCAUCCGAAGGCGUCCGCGUCACGAUGCUCGGCGCCGCAUUCGACCCGGCCAACUGCAACAGCUACUGGGCCCAGGGCGGCAUCAUCUACAAGUCAACGGACGACUCGCCCGAGCUCCUCUCGUCCGACAUCCACCGCGCCGGCGCCGGCGUGUGCCAUGACCCGGCCGUGCGCAAGGUCGCGACCGAGGGCCCGCGCUGCGUCGAAGAGCUGCUCUUGGACGUGUCCAAGGUGCCGUUCGAGCGGGACAGCAACGGCAACCUCGCGCUGACGCUCGAAGCGUCGCACAACCGCGCCCGCAUCCUCUUCAAGGCCGACCACACGGGCAAGGCCAUCACCACCAGCAUGCAGGCCGCCGUGAUGGCGCACCCCAACAUUGAGCUGCUCACGGGCCGCGUGGUCUUUGACCUCGCGCUCAACGACGCGGGCGACUGCGUCGGCGCCGUCCUCAUUAACGCGUCGACGAACGCGAUGGAGGUGCUGCAUGCAGACAUGACGCUACUCGGCACGGGCGGUCUCGGCGACAUUUACCGCAACACGUCCAACCCGGAAGGCGCGCGCGGCGAAGGCGUGGCCGUGGCGGCCCGCGCGGGGGCCCGCCUCAAGAACAUGCAGUACGUGCAAUUCCACCCGACGACGCUCUACAUUCCUGGCGAGCGCCGGUUUCUCUUGACCGAGGCGCUGCGGGGCGAAGGCGCCAAGCUGCGCACGAAAGCCGGGCGCUUCUUUGCGACCGACUACCACCCGAGCGGCGAGCUCGCGCCCCGGGACGUGGUCGCGCGCAUGAUUCUGAGCGAGAUGGACAAGACGGGCGACGACUGCAUGUACCUCGACAUCUCGCACCUCGACAGCGACUGGCUCCAGACCCGGUUCCCGACCAUCUACGCGCACUGCCUCGCGCGCGGCAUUGACCUCACCAAGGAGCCGAUGCCGGUCGUGCCAGCCGCCCACUACCACUGCGGCGGUAUCAAGGUCGAUCUCAGCGGCCGAACGAGCGUCCCGCGGCUGUACGCGGCGGGCGAAGUGAGCUGCACGGGCAUGCACGGCGCCAACCGCCUCGCGUCGACGUCGCUGCUCGAGGCGCUCGUGUGGGGCUGUGCUGUCGCGUCCGACUACUUGAAUUCGGACAAGACGACGACGACUGCCGAGUCGGUGCGCAUCCCGGCGCUGUCGUUGUCGGCGACGGCGUCGGCGUCGACGACCGACGUGCAGUCGGUGCUCAGCGAGCUGCAAGCCAUUAUGUGGGACCACGUCGGCGCGACGCGGACCACGGACGGUAUGCGCGCCGGCGUCAAGAAGCUUUUGGCGCUGGAAGCGUCGGUCGAUCGUCUCUGCGCCGACGUUCGCCUCGACGCGACGCUGGUCGGCGUCCGCAACGCGCUCAAGACGGGCAAGUACAUUGCUGAGGCGGCGCUCGCGGCGCCCAUCUCGGUCGGCACGCACCACAUUGUGAGCGACGACCCGGUCAGCGACAGCAACAGCGAUGACUCGGAAGGCGACGAAGCGUCGUAAUGGCCCAGCGACAUUAUAUAUAUGGUAUUAAAAAUGUAUGACGAUCUGUAGCUGUAUGCAACCCUG